AAGUCCAUCGUUUAGUAACACCCCCAAUAAUCAGUAGCAUGGUUAGUCUGCUGUUAGUAAUGUUGUUUUGAUUCGCGAAAUGAACUAAAAAAAUCACAAUGAAAAUUUCAGUUGUAAGUCAAAAUUUUCACAGAUCUGUGAAUGUAUGGUCUGUUGGUUUCCUCAAAUAUCAAACAGCUUAUCAUAUUCAACAGUAUUUAGCCAACCUCCAAUCCCAAAGGUUAAAUAAAGAAAAAACAUUAGAUGGAACAAUAAUAAUAGUGGAACAUUCACCAGUAUACACAACUGGUAUAAGAACACAGGGUUAUUCUGAAUCAGAAGAAAGAAGAUUAAAGACUCUAGGUGCAGAAUUUUACAGAACUAAUCGUGGAGGUCUGAUUACAUUUCAUGGACCUGGUCAGCUUGUUGUCUAUCCAAUAUUAGACUUAAAAAGCUUCAAUAAAAGCAUGAAAUGGUAUAUUUGCAAGUUGGAAAAAACUGUCAUAGAAGUGUGUAAAUCAUUUGGAGUGGAGGCUGAGCGAUCAUCAGAUACAGGAGUCUGGGUGAAAGACAACAAAAUCUGUGCAAUAGGAGUUCAUGGCAGCCGAUACAUCACAACCCAUGGCAUAGCAUUGAAUAUUAACAAUGAUCUAUCAUGGUUUUCUCAUAUAGUGCCUUGUGGAAUACCUGACAAAGGAGUCACUACAUUGUCUCAAGAACUGAGAAAGCCAUUAACCAUUACAGAUGUUAUAUACCCUUUUUUGCAAUCUUUCUCGCAUGAGUUUGAAUGUGACAUGAAAAUGCUAUCACAUGAGGUUCGGAAAGAUGUCGUAAAUCAUCUUAAAAAAGAAAAUUUAACAAGCGAUAUAACUGAAGCGCAGUUAUUACGAAAUAAUGAUUUAAAAUUGAAGUAAUUAGAUCAAAUACAUUUUAAAGUCGAACUGUUA